AUGGCUUCCGCGAAUCCUUUCAAGAGCAUAUUGAAGGCUCUAGAGAAGCCUGAUGGUGGCGAAUUCGGGAACUACUACAGCUUGCCAGCUCUGAACGAUCCGAGGAUCGAUAAACUGCCUUAUUCCAUUAGGAUACUUCUCGAAUCGGCCAUACGUAACUGUGAUGAGUUUCAAGUUAAGAGCAAAGACGUCGAGAAGAUACUUGAUUGGGAGAACACUUCUCCCAAGCAAGUUGAGAUUCCGUUCAAACCUGCUCGGGUGCUUCUUCAGGACUUUACUGGUGUCCCUGCAGUUGUUGAUCUUGCUUGCAUGCGAGAUGCCAUGAAUAAUCUCGGCGGGGAUUCUCAUAAGAUCAAUCCGUUGGUCCCUGUAGAUCUUGUCAUUGAUCACUCCGUCCAGGUGGAUGUGGCGAGAUCGGAGAACGCAGUGCAGGCAAACAUGGAGCUUGAGUUCCAGCGUAACAAAGAAAGAUUUGCUUUCCUCAAGUGGGGCUCUAACGCCUUUGACAACAUGCUUGUCGUACCUCCUGGGUCUGGAAUUGUUCAUCAAGUCAACUUGGAGUACCUUGCCAGAGUUGUAUUCAACACAAAUGGAGUUCUUUACCCAGACAGUGUCGUUGGCACAGAUUCUCACACCACUAUGAUUGAUGGACUGGGUGUUGCUGGUUGGGGAGUUGGCGGUAUAGAAGCGGAAGCUACCAUGCUUGGUCAGCCAAUGAGCAUGGUCUUGCCUGGUGUUGUGGGUUUCAAGCUAACGGGAAAACUAAGAGAUGGAAUGACUGCCACUGAUUUGGUCUUAACAGUGACUCAGAUGCUGAGGAAACAUGGAGUAGUUGGAAAGUUUGUUGAAUUCCACGGGGAAGGGAUGAGAGAAUUGUCUCUAGCCGAUCGUGCUACAAUUGCCAAUAUGUCUCCUGAGUACGGUGCAACCAUGGGAUUCUUCCCCGUCGAUCAUGUCACGUUGCAGUAUCUCAAGUUGACAGGCAGGAGCGAUGAAACUGUCUCUAUGAUUGAGGCGUAUUUACGUGCAAACAAGAUGUUUGUAGACUACAGUGAGCCGGAGAGUAAGACAGUAUACUCCUCAAAUCUGGAAUUGAAUCUCGAGGAUGUGGAACCUUGUGUUUCUGGUCCCAAGAGGCCACAUGAUCGUGUUCCUUUGAAGGAAAUGAAAGCAGACUGGCAUUCUUGCUUGGAUAAUAGAGUAGGAUUCAAGGGUUUUGCUGUAGCAAAAGAAGCACAGAGUAAGGUUGUUGAGUUCGAUUUUAACGGGACCCCAGCACAGCUUAGACACGGAGAUGUUGUUAUAGCAGCAAUCACCAGUUGCACAAACACCUCAAACCCUAGUGUAAUGCUUGGCGCUGCCUUGGUUGCAAAAAAGGCCUGCGAACUAGGACUGGAGGUUAAGCCAUGGAUUAAAACAAGUCUUGCUCCUGGCUCUGGAGUUGUAACAAAGUACUUGGCAAAGAGUGGCUUGCAGAAGUACUUGAACCAGCUUGGUUUCAGUAUAGUUGGUUAUGGGUGCACAACAUGCAUUGGAAACUCGGGGGAUAUCCAUGAAGCCGUGGCAUCGGCGAUAGUUGAUAAUGACCUGGUGGCAUCCGCUGUGCUGUCCGGUAACAGAAACUUUGAGGGGCGUGUUCACCCGUUAACCAGAGCGAACUAUCUAGCUUCCCCACCGCUUGUUGUAGCCUAUGCACUGGCUGGCACUGUUGACAUUGAUUUUGAGACGGAGCCUCUUGGAACUGGGAAAGAUGGCAAGCAGAUAUUUUUCAUGGACAUCUGGCCCUCUAACAAAGAAGUUGCUGAGGUGGUGCAAGCUAGUGUACUUCCUGAUAUGUUCAAAGCUACGUAUGAAGCAAUCACCAAAGGGAAUGACAUGUGGAAUCAGUUGUCUGUCGCAACAGGCACACUCUACGAGUGGGACCCGAAAUCGACUUACAUUCACGAGCCGCCUUAUUUCAAGGGCAUGACCAUGUCUCCACCCGGUCCACACGGCGUGAAAGACGCCUACUGUCUGCUCAAUUUCGGAGACAGUAUCACCACUGAUCACAUCUCACCAGCUGGUAGCAUCCACAAGGACAGUCCCGCGGCUAAGUACUUGAUGGAACGAGGAGUGGAUAGAAGAGACUUCAACUCUUACGGGAGUCGCCGUGGUAACGAUGAGAUUAUGGCGAGAGGCACUUUCGCAAAUAUCCGUAUUGUCAACAAACACUUGAAAGGAGAAGUUGGCCCCAAAACAGUUCACAUCCCCAGUGGAGAGAAGCUUUCUGUCUUCGAUGCUGCCAUGAAAUACAGGAACGAGGGACGUGACACAGUCAUAUUGGCUGGUGCUGAAUAUGGAAGUGGAAGCUCUCGUGAUUGGGCUGCUAAGGGUCCAAUGCUUCUGGGCGUGAAAGCUGUGAUAUCAAAGAGCUUUGAGCGGAUUCACAGAAGCAAUCUGGUGGGGAUGGGAAUCAUACCACUGUGCUUCAAGACUGGAGAAGAUGCGGAGACUCUAGGCUUAACGGGUCAGGAGCUUUACACCAUUGAGCUCCCAAACAACGUUAGUGAGAUCAAACCAGGACAAGAUGUGACGGUCAUCACAAACAAUGGCAAAUCUUUCACGUGUACACUCCGAUUCGACACAGAGGUGGAGUUGGAGUAUUUCAAUCACGGAGGGAUAUUGCAAUACGUAAUCAGGAAUCUCAUCAAACAAUAA